AUGGCCAAACCAUCAGCCACCAGACCAUCAGCCACCAGAACCCUCAGCCACCAGACCAUCAGCCACCAGACCCUCAGCCACCAGAACCCUCAGCCACCAGACCCUCAGCCACCAGAACCCUCAGCCACCAGACCAUCAGCCACCAGAACCCUCAGCCACCAGACCAUCAGCCACCAGACCCUCAGCCACCAGAACCCUCAGCCACCAGACCCUCAGCCACCAGACCAUCAGCCUCCAGACCCUCAGCCACCAGACCCUCAGCCACCAGACCCAUCAGCCACCAGAACCCUCAUCCAUCAGACCCAUCAGCCACCAGACUCAGUGCCACCAGACCAUCAGCCACCAGAACCUCAGCCACCAGACCCUCAGCCACCAGACCAUCAGCCACCAGAACCUCAGCCACCAGAACCCUCAGCCACCAGACCCUCAGCCACCAGACCCAUCAGCCACCAGACUCAGUGCCACCAGACCAUCAGCCACCAGACCCUCAGCCACCAGAACCCUCAGCCACCAGACCAUCAGCCACCAGAACCUCAGCCACCAGAACCUCAGCCACCAGAACCCUCAGCCACCAGAACCCUCAGCCACCAGACCAUCAGCCACCAGAACCUCAGCCACCAGAACCCUCAGCCACCAGAACCCUCAUCCAUCAGACCCAUCAGCCACCAGACUCAGUGCCACCAGACCAUCAGCCACCAGAACCUCAGCCACCAGAACCCUCAGCCACCAGACCAUCAGCCACCAGAACCUCAGCCACCAGAACCCUCAGCCACCAGACCAUCAGCCACCAGAACCUCAGCCACCAGAACCCUCAGCCACCAGAACCCUCAUCCAUCAGACCCAUCAGCCACCAGACUCAGUGCCACCAGACCAUCAGCCACCAGACCCAUCAGCCACCAGACUCAGAGCCACCAGACCAUCAGCCACCAGAACCUCAGCCACCAGAACCCUCAGCCACCAGACCAUCAGCCACCAGACCCUCAGCCACCCGACCCAUCAGCCACCAGACCCAUCAGCCACCAGAACCCUCAGCCACCCGACCCUCAGCCACCAGACUCAGUGCCACCAGAACCCUCAGCCACCCGACCCUCAGCCACAGACCAUCAGCCACCAGACCCUCAGCCACCAGACCCUCAGCCACCAGACCCUCAGCCACCCGACCCUUCAGCCACCAGACCCUCAGCCACCAGACCCUCAGCCACCCGACCCAUCAGCCACCAGACCAUCAGCCUCCAGACCCUCAGCCACCCGACCCAUCAGCCACCCGACCCAUCAGCCACCCGACCCAUCAGCCUCCAGACCCUCAGCCACCCGACCCUCAGCCACCCGACCCAUCAGCCACCCGACCCAUCAGCCACCAGAACCAUCAGCCACCCGACCCUCAGCCACCCGACCCAUCAGCCACCCGACCCAUCAGCCACCAGAACCUCAGCCACCAGAACCCUCAGCCACCAGACCAUCAGCCACCAGACCCUCAGCCACCCGACCCAUCAGCCACCAGACCCAUCAGCCACCAGAACCCUCAGCCACCCGACCCUCAGCCACCAGACUCAGUGCCACCAGAACCCUCAGCCACCCGACCCUCAGCCACCAGACCAUCAGCCACCAGACCCUCAGCCACCAGACCCUCAGCCACCAGACCCUCAGCCACCCGACCCUUCAGCCACCAGACCCUCAGCCACCAGACCCUCAGCCACCCGACCCAUCAGCCACCAGACCAUCAGCCUCCAGACCCUCAGCCACCCGACCCAUCAGCCACCCGACCCAUCAGCCACCCGACCCAUCAGCCACCAGACCCUCAGCCACCCGACCCUCAGCCACCCGACCCAUCAGCCACCCGACCCAUCAGCCACCAGAACCAUCAGCCACCCGACCCUCAGCCACCCGACCCAUCAGCCACCCGACCCAUCAGCCACCAGAACCAUCAGCCACCCGACCCAUCAGCCACCCGACCCAUCAGCCACCAGAACCCUCAGCCACCAGACCCUCAGCCACCAUGAGAGGACGUUCCUUGAGGACUUUCUUUUCUCUGCCUAG